AUGACGCAGACCGGCGACGGCAACGUCUGGACGCCCGCCGCGCCGCAGUGCCCGCUGUCGGAGAGCGCGUGCGGCGCCGCGUCCGAGGCGAUGACGUGCCAGGAGCUGCUGGCGCUGUCCGGCGCUCUCAGCGCAGCCCUGCCCACAGGACAGCUCGCGCUCGACUCCUUCUUCUCGUCGCUCAGCAAGGGACCAGGAGGCGGCGAGCCGCUGUGCUGCCAGGAUGCGGGGUGCUGGGAACUGGAGCUCGAGUCGGGGCUGUCGGAGGGCGCGUGCUGCGCCGAGCAGCCGUGGGCGGCCAUGCUGGAGGACAAGCGCUGGAGGCACGCCCUCGCCUGCUGCACCGGCUGCCUGCGCUGGGUGCGCCGCGGCGUGCGCUCCCUCGUCACGCACAAGUACUUCCAGCAGGGCAUCCUCUUCGCCAUCCUCAUCAACACGCUCAGCAUGGGCAUCGAGUACCACGACCAGCCCGAAGAACUGACCGUGACGGUGGAGAUCAGUAACAUCGUGUUCUCCGCCAUUUUCGCAGUCGAGAUGAUGCUCAAGAUAAUCGCCGAAGGGCCGUUCGGCUACAUCAGCAACGGCUUCAACGUCUUCGACGGAGUAAUCGUGGUACUCAGCGUGAUCGAGAUGUGCCAGACGUACCUGGGAGAGGGUGAGGGCAGCUCGGGACUGAGCGUGCUGCGCACCUUCCGGCUGCUGCGCAUCCUCAAGCUGGUGCGCUUCAUGCCCAACCUUCGCCGCCAGCUGUUCGUCAUGCUGCGCACCAUGGACAACGUCGCCGUCUUCUUCUCGCUGCUCAUCCUCUUCAUCUUCAUCUUCAGUAUACUUGGAAUGAACCUGUUCGGUUGCAAAUUCUGCAAUAAGGCCGACAACGGAGAGACAGAUGAAUGCGACAGAAAGAAUUUCGAUUCCUUGCUCUGGGCAAUUGUGACGGUGUUUCAGAUCCUGACGCAGGAAGAUUGGAACGUGGUGUUGUUCAACGGCAUGGAGAAGACGACGCACUGGGCAGCCCUGUACUUCGUGGCUCUUAUGACGUUCGGCAACUACGUGCUCUUCAACCUGCUGGUCGCCAUCCUCGUCGAGGGCUUCUCCGCAGAGCGCAACGAACGGCGGGAGCGCGAGCAGCGUGAGCUGGCCAAGCAGCAGCAGCUGAAGAACGAGCAGAUGCACCGCGAGGCGCAGCUGGCCGCCUCCAGCUACGAGUGCUCGCGCACCGACUCCAGCUCAGACACCACAGACUCCUACUUCGCCACCCAGGGCAUGACGAACGAGUGGCGCAGCGCGGAGGAGCUGAGGAAGUCGAAGCACAACGGCCACCGCGAGAAGGAGAACAGCUGCCACCGGCGCCGACACCUGCUGCACGACUGCGAGCCCAAGUGCAACAUCCAGAAAGAGAGCAAGAUGCUGUCGCAGCCGCCCAUCAUCACGCACACGGCGGCGACGCCCCAGGACUCGCCCAACACGACGAUGGACCCGGGCAUGCGCGACUGCCGUCUGGCGCCGGUGCUCGCCCUCCACGGCUCCUCCAUGUCGCUCGAGUCCAUCGAUCGCUCUCUGACAUCCGAGCAAAGUGUGCCUGGCCUGCUGAAGCCACCCAACACCAAGUUCAGCGGCAACGGCGCCAGCGGUCCCGGCGGCAGCAGCUACAACAACCACGGCAACAACCACAACAACAACAACGGCCACCAGCUGCAUCAGGGCCGGCGCGUCAGCUUGGUGGCCAUCGUCAGCUCCCGGCGGGAGUCAACGGCUUCCAGCACCAGUGGGAGCCGCGGCUGCCCCUGGAAACUGUCCCGGCCGUCGCUGCGGAGGAGGGCGUCGCGACGCUCCUCUGACGCCGACGACGCGUCCGCCGAAGCAGACGCCGACGCCGCACCGCCCGUCCUCAACAAUGGCCUCAACAACCACAACCACCUGGCCAGCCCCACUGACAGGACGAGCCAUCGGAGCUGCAGCCAGUGCGGGGAGCACGCACACGCUCACUGCAACGGCGGGCUGGUGGGCAGCAUCCGCAACGACACGGGUAGCGGGGGCGGCGGGGGCGGCGGCGGGGGCGGCAACGGCGCGAGCCGCCAGCUCAGCCCGCAGGGCUCGCUGCGGGGACACGCCUCCUACUGCCCGCUGCCGCAGGCGUCGCUCGUCUCCUGCAGGGCCGACGACGAGCUGCCGCAGCCCAAGUGCGUCAACGCCCUCGUCGCCAGGGGUACGUCACCAUCCGACAUUAUACACGGCGGAAACGGCGGCGGGGGCGGCAGUCGGACGUCGCCCCACGGCUCGCUCAGCUCGGGCUCCGCCGAAGGCGCGACGCCCACACCGCCGGAGGCCAUCAAGAAAAUCUUCAUGUUCUUCGAGCCCCGCGGCUGCCUGAAAGAGCGCGACGACUAUUCGCUCUACAUGUUCCCUCCGCGCAACAGAUUCCGGUUGCUCUGUUGCUGGUUCGUGGAGCAGAAGUGGUUUGACAACGUGGUGUUGCUCUUCAUUGGGCUCAACUGCAUCACGCUGGCCAUGGAGCGGCCCAACAUCCCUCCAGACAGUCCAGAGCGUUUGUUCCUCGCCACCGCCAACUAUGUGUUCACCGCUGUCUUUGCUAUUGAAAUGUUUGUCAAGGUUAUUGCUACAGGUAUGAUUUAUGGCCGAGAUGCAUACUUCACGUCUGGUUGGAACAUUAUGGAUGGUUCACUUGUUAUAAUAUCAAUCAUAGAUCUAUUGAUGUCACUCGUCUCUGAAUCCAGCCCUCGCAUCUUUGGCAUUCUCCGUGUUUUUCGGCUGCUGCGUUCCCUUCGCCCGUUGCGUGUUAUCAACCGUGCCCCAGGACUUAAACUUGUUGUACAAACACUUUUGUCUUCACUACGUCCCAUUGGAAAUAUUGUGCUUAUAUGCUGCACAUUCUUCAUUAUUUUUGGUAUUUUAGGAGUGCAGUUAUUUAAAGGUACAUUUUACUACUGUGAGGGGGCGGAUAUAAAGAAUGUUCGCAACAAAACAGACUGCCUGAAGGACAAAAACAAUAGAUGGGUUAACCGUAAAUACAAUUUUGAUGACUUGGGAAAGGCACUCAUGUCUCUGUUUGUCCUCUCAUCAAGAGAUGGAUGGGUAAACAUCAUGUACACUGGUCUUGAUGCUGUGGGAGUAGAUCAACAACCAAUUGAAAACUAUUCAGAAUGGCGACUACUCUAUUUCAUCGCAUUUAUCUUGCUUGUUGGAUUCUUUGUCCUUAACAUGUUUGUUGGUGUUGUGGUGGAAAACUUCCAUAGAUGUAGAGAAGAGCAAGAGAAAGAAGAGCGUGUUAGGAGAGCAGCUAAAAGAGCAAAACAAAUGGAGAAGAAAAGGAGAAAGAUGCAUGAGCCGCCAUAUUACACUAACUACACACAUUCACGGCUGAUGAUUCACAAUGUUGUGACAUCUAAAUAUUUUGACUUGGCUAUUGCUGCAGUAAUUGGCCUGAAUGUGGUAACUAUGGCUUUGGAAUUCUACAAGAUGCCUAAGCCCUUGGAGUAUGCAUUAAAAAUUUUCAAUUAUUUCUUCACGGCUGUGUUCAUUUUGGAAGCUGUUAUGAAACUUGUAGCUCUGGGUUUCCUAUUGUAUUUUAAAGAUAGGUGGAAUCAGCUGGAUGUUAUUAUAGUAAUAUUAUCUAUUGUUGGAAUUGUGCUAGAAGAAGUUGAAUCAAAAUUUAUUCCUAUAAAUCCAACAAUUAUAAGAGUGAUGAGGGUCCUCAGGAUAGCAAGAGUGCUCAAACUGCUAAAGAUGGCUAAAGGAAUACGGGCCCUGCUAGACACAGUAAUGCAGGCUCUACCACAGGUUGGGAACCUAGGGCUGUUAUUUUUCUUGCUGUUCUUCAUUUUUGCAGCACUUGGUGUUGAGUUAUUUGGGCGCCUAGAAUGCAGCGAAAAGAGACCAUGCCAGGGACUGGGUGAACAUGCACACUUUAGUAACUUCGGAAUGGCAUUUCUCACUCUGUUCCGUGUAGCUACAGGAGACAACUGGAAUGGAAUAAUGAAAGACACAUUACGUGAAGACUGUGACAAUUCAGCUGACUGUGUCAGAAACUGCUGUGUUUCGACAGUGAUAGCACCCAUCUUCUUUGUUAUAUUUGUUCUUAUGGCACAGUUUGUGCUUGUGAAUGUUGUCGUUGCUGUGCUAAUGAAACAUCUGGAAGAAUCACACAAACAGAUGGAAGAUGAAUUGGACAUGGAAGUGGAGUUAGAACGAGAACUUGCAGCAGAGCAAGAAGAACUCCUGGAGGAAGAGCAGCAAGAGGAACUACAGCGUGUUCUAGAAAUGGAACUUGCAAUGUCACAGCAACAACAGCAGCAGCAGCAACAACAAGAGAUUCAGUUGCAGCAAGCCCAUCCCACUCUCACUAGAGGUCGCUCUCUGCCAGCAGACUUCAUGUUCACAUCUCUUGAUUCUGCAGCAGAAACAGAUGAAGGAUUAUGUGGUAUGAAUGAGAGGCGCAGAGAUUCCACUGAGCUUCGCAGCAGACGUGGAGCACAUAAUCGACGCCGGCAGACUUUUCACUCUCAUCAGGGGCCUCUUCUGCCUCCCAGCAUUCCUCCUGCAUAUCCUGCAACUGAAUAUACAGCUGUCUACAAAGCAGCCAGUGACAUCAAUACUGAUACAGUUGAGGAAAAUGCUGAAGAAGAAUCACCAAACUGGCUGCUGCCUCAGGUGAAAGAGAAAGCACCAAUACAAAGAACUGCAAGUGACCCACAUGAGGGGAGUAGAGGUCUGCUGGCAGUGCCUGGCUUGCGACGUAGUGAUCUGGGCAGCACACAACGUCUAGAGCUCCUGGUUGGCACCCAGUCAAGGAGAACUGACUGGGCAGAUCCAGAGUCCGUGACUCCAUCUGAUGAUAUUUCCCCUGACUGUGUAUCUCCAACAGCUACACUAAUACCCCCACCUUAUCGUGCAGCCACAGCAGAACAGUCUACUCUACAAGCCCCUGUUUUAGACAGAACUAUGGCUGGUCCACGGUUUUUAACUCCCUCUUUGACUUUAGUAACAGCUCAUGAUCUAAACAGAAGUGGCAGUAUGACUAGCAGCUUAAGAAGUGAAAACAUUUGUGAAUUAGCAACUGCUAUUCAGUCCCCACCAGCACUGUUAACAGAAAAGGCAGUGCAUACUCACUUUCAGUCCUCAUCAAAAGGUGAACAUGCAGAUGAUAGUCUUUCAAGUGAUGCCUCCAGUUUAGAAUUAACAAAUGUUACACCAUUGUUUGUUACACACAGUGAAAUUACGGUAUCAGUUCCAAGUUCUUCAUCCUCAUCACACAGUGGAAGAAAAUCUCCAUCUACCUCCAGACCGGUCAUUGUAGGUGAAGUUACUGACAGAAUCAUUGUAGAUUGUGACAGUGUGGACAGUGAAAAGGACAAUGUUUGUAAAAUAGAUAUAGACACAAGAGAGUGCAAAGCAGAUAAGGAAUGUGAUGAUACGUGUGACCUUUUCCAAGUUUCAUUUGAGGUGGAUGACAGUGCUACCGAACCAAUUUACAGAAGUCUCAUUUCAGAAGACAGUAAAAGUGCUGGACACAGCAGUGAACCAAGAACAAUAUCCAAAUGACUUACGCAGUAAACAUUCUGGUCAAAAACUUAAUUAUGUAUUUAAUACUUUUGUUCAUAAUAAAUUUAGUUCAUAGUUUGUUGCUGAAGUUUGAUUAAUUUCUUUUUAAUGGCUAACAGACACAUAUCAUAGUUGAUGUGAGUAAUAACAGUCACAUAGGAUGACAAUAGUAUCUGAGAGAAAAUUGAGGUACAUAGACUAUUCGCUGUUAAAAUUAGGUGAAAUCAGUACCUGUCAUUUCAAAAAGAGAGGUGCAUAAAAAUAGAGACAACAUUAAAUAGAUGUUCUGCUAAGAAAGAGAUUACCAAAUUAAACAGCAAGCAUAUAGUACUCUCUUCUAAAACAUGGUUAUUUUAGUUUAAAAGAGUACUGAAAUAAAAGGAUCCUCAAAUGUUGCAAAAAUGUGUCAUAUCUUUUUAUUUUAACUUUUCCAUUUUCUCUUACUUCUAACUAUUAAAACUCUCAUCAUCCAUAACUAGCACCUCUUUGUAAAUUUCUGACAGUGAGAAACUGCAUAAACAAUACUUGAAAUUUAGUUAAAAUCAGAAAUAUCAGCAGGUUCUCCUACUUCCCAGGUCUGGCACAUUGUGCCUGCAAUGUUUGAAAGAAAUGCUCCAGUACACAGGAACAGACAUGGGAACGUAAUUAGAACCUGUGACACAGGAGCCAAUAUGAUUUUAGGGACACAAGAAUUGUGUCUUCAUUAAGUUUUUCAUAUCUGUGGCAACGGGGUCUCUUCGUUUCUCCAUAAAAGUGUCAUUAGUAACAUUAUUUUAAUUACAAAUCAAGAAAAUGACAUUUUUAUCCUA